AGCAGCAGCAGCAGCAGCUAAAAAUUAAACAAUAACAAUCGACCGUACAUAAAUGACGUGACAAAAGAAUGUUUUAUUCUGGCUAUUUUUUUUUAUUUUAAGAAUUAAAAUUCUUGUUCAUUAUAAAGCAUAGAAAAUAGUAAAAGUUUCAAUUUCAUUUUGCUUCUGACUGACAUUUGGUGACACCGGUCAUUACAUUUGUUCGGUUUCGGUAACAUCAUCAUCAAAUCAAUGAAUAAUCAACAAAAAAAUUCAUCACGAUGAUGGCGAAUAAUAAAGAUGUACAUUUAUUACAUCGUUUAAAUUCAAAUAUGACCAAUUUGAUUACAAAUAAUCAUGAUAUAUUUGUAGAUGAUUUGCAUUUUUGUAAAGUGAUUCUUUAUAAAGAAAUCAAUGAUACCAGCAUUCACAUAUGGGACCUAAUUAUAUUCAUUCCGAAUAUUCUAUUCCUUCUUUAUAUGAUAUGGCAUUCACAAUCGGCUAAAGAUCGUGUACGACAAUUGAAAAAUUUUCCAAUUUUAAGAAAUUUCUACAUUUUCAUCUAUUUAUGUAUCAUUAUAUCAUCAAUACGAUGUAUAAUUUCAUCGUUGAUGAAAGUACAUACAUUUGGUGGCGAUCUUACCGACAAGAUAUUCUGGGUGAUUGUACGAUUUUUUCUACUUUCCACCGAGAUAUCUGUACUUGUAUUCGGUUUAUUUGCUGGUCAUCUUGAUGUUCGACAAUCAAUACGUCGUAUAUUGACCAUUACAUUAAUGUUAUCAUUAAUAUAUUCAAUAUGUCAAGGUUCAUUUGAAAUUAUUGCUCCAGAUUCAUCAUUCUAUAUACAUUCAAAAUCAUAUUAUUUAUUUGGACAUGGUGGAAUGAUAUUCUGGUUUGGCACUUGUUUUCUUUCAUUCAUCAUUUAUUUGAUCGUUGUACUAUUACCAUGGUCACCAUGUCGUCAUCGUCUUUUGUUACCAACCAAAAAAUCAUUCUAUUUUUAUGCAGCAACAUUAUCGACACUGAAUCUGAUACAAGCAAUCGGUGCAUUAUUGUUCUAUUUAAAUGUACCAGAAGGAUUAUGUAUUGUGGAUGCGACAACAUAUUUAUAUUUUACAUUCUUCACACCACUUGUUUAUUUUAUAUUUUUAUCACCAUUUUUAGCUGCUAGUACUACGAAUCAAGUUUCAUCAGCAUUAGUUACAACAACAGCCGGUAUUGAAUCAUCUACACAUCAUCAUCAUUCAAAUUCGAAUCGUCCUAUUGUACCAUUAACACGGCCAACAAAUCUAUUCAAUCAAAAUGUUCGUGGUGCAGUGAAUUUUUCUUAUCGGCCACAAAUUGAUGAUGAUGAAUUAUUGGAUAAUGAAGAUGAAUUUGCCAAUAGUUUUGGAAGUUUUACAGGUGGUGCAUUACAUUUUGAUCAUUAUGAUGGUGGUCCAUAUGCACAACAACAACAACAACAACAUGGUAGCCAUGGAUAUCUAGUUUAUGGUGGCAAUGGCAAUAGAGGAAUUCCAAGAGAUUUUUCUACAUUCUCAAUACAAACUACAGCCAGUAAUAUAAAUUCACCAAAUGUUUCCGGUUUGUUGGAGAAUCAAAAUAUUGAUUUAAAUCGAUCGGAAAAAAAUCGACGUGAUAAUGAUGAUCAAUCGAAAAAUGAUGAUGAUGAUGAUGAUGAUGAUCGUCGUGUUAUUAAUACAACUGAAAUGAUAAAUACCAAAGAUCAUUUAUUAAUUGAAUCUCAUAUGCUUCAAGAACAAAAACCUAGAUUAACAAAUGAUAAUCAAUGUGAUGAUGAAAAAAUUCAAAAAUCAGAAUGCACAGAACAAUGAACGAAUAUAUAGUAUAGAAUAUUAUUUUUUAUAUGUGUAAUAUAAAGACCUGGCGCCAACUAUCGUUACAAGAUUGAAACUCAUAUCCACUGAAAAAAAUAAUGUAGAUGGCAGCACGGUGUUUAUCAUCGAUGCAUUUUCCAAAUUAAAAAUUUUUUUUGUUUGUUUGUUUGUUUUUGUUUUCGAAAAAAAAGUCAACAACAUUUCU